AUGUAUAGUACACUAGAAGCAUUAGAGCUACGCAACCGCUACCGGUCCGCACUUCUUACAACCAAACACAAGAUAUGCAAGCUGGAGACCGACCAGAUUGACGUGUGUCAGGCACAGGAUGCGGGCAUUCGACAGCUCCCCUUGUCACUGGAACAGGCUUCCGACCGCACCCCCUUCUACUUCACACCGUAUGAGGGGGACUUUGUCCGACCGGGCGAGGAUCCUUAUCCGUCUUACAAGCCGGACACGCCGAACCACUGGAACAUCCAAGGCCUGCAUUGGUAUAUGCAAUCCUGUCUGGGCCAACUGAUUCUUCACCACCCCCCAGGCAUCUGCCCCAAGUCGUGGGGACAGUUCAACUUCGGUGCGCUUUUCGAGACCACUUAUUUCUGGAAAGUCUCUUCAACAUGCACCGCACUGGCAAAAGAGCCGUUGCCUCAUAUGAAGUGUUUGAUGGAGAGUGAUGCCGUCGGGGACGAACGAUUGCUUCGUGGUGAACUCAUCACCAUCAUCAACAUCAUGACCGGUCGGCUCAAUACGAAGUCGCUCCGUCCCCAUGUCUUGGCUCCUGUGAUGGUGUUCUCUAUCAUGGGACCACAGCAUCUGCGUGUCCUGGAGGCGUUCUUUGACGGACAGAAUCUCAUUGUGCGACAGACAAGGCUCUACGAUAUGACAGAGUAUGAUGCAGCAAUCAUAGAUUUGCUCACUCGAUGGUGGCUGGGAUUUGCUGCUGGGAAAACAAAGUCGGUCCCCAAUGCUCUCCUCCUCGCUUAG